UGUUGACAUGAUGUUAAAUUCGGUAUUUUCCCCCGGCCAGGUUACAAUGAACUGUUAGCAUCAGGCCAUUUCAUAUUCUUCAUAAUAACUAAACUAGAGGCCCAGAAUAAUAUCUUCAAGUGGUCUCUGACAUUUUUUCAUUUACCCGUUUAUAAUAGAGUCUUUAAUCAGCCAGCAAACAAAACGACAGAAAAUUGUUAACAUGUCUCAAGAAGGAUAUCAAUCACCAGCAGUGAAAACCACCGCAGACACGAGCGUGAAUACACAGGAAUCGCAGGCGACCAACCCCAGGAAGACGCCUAUUCAAAUCCUGCAUGAAUAUGGCACCAAAAGUGGCAACCUCCCAGUGUAUGUGAUGGAGAAGGCUGAAGGAGAGGCUCACCAACCCAGCUUCGUCUUCAGCGUGAAAAUCGGAGAUGUUGGCUGCACAGGUCAAGGUCCCAGUAAAAAGGCUGCUAAACACCAGGCUGCAGAGGCUGCCCUCAAUAUUCUGAAGAUAGAUGCUGGGACAGUGAAUGUUCCUGUGAAGUCUGAGAGUAACGGUGUUGUAGCAGAAACAAACAACCACCCCAACUCAGUGGGGAUACUGCAGGAGUUAGCGUUGCAGAGAGGAUGGCGUCUCCCUGAAUACACAGUUUUAAUGGAGGCUGGUCCGCCGCACAAGAGAGAAUUCACUGUAACUUGUCGAAUGGAGUCCCUGUCAGAGAAAGCUGUAGGAAAUUCAAAAAAGGCAGCGAAAAAGACAGCUGCAGAGAAAAUGGUGUCAAAGCUUCAAAGCCUGUCAGGCUGUUCCGAAAUCACAUGGACUCCUAAACCGAGCGUCCGUUUUGAGAACUUGAGGAACUCAUCAGCGGAGAGUAUAUCUUUACUGAGAAGAAACCCGCUGAGCAUCCCCAACACAGAUUAUAUUCAGAUGAUGUUGGAGCUGUCCAAAGAGCAGGGCUUUGAGGUCACAUACUUUGACAUCGAUGAGCUGACGGUGAACGGCCAGUACCAGUGCCUGGCGGAGCUGUCCACCUCCCCGGUCACCGUGUGCCACGGCACCGGCAUUUCCUGUAGCAACGCUCACAACGAUGCAGCGCACAGCGCCCUGCAGUACAUCAAGAUCAUGGCCUCCGCCAAGUAAAGCCCUCACGGUCAACGUCUGCUUCACCUGUAUCGUCGCAUAUAUCAGCUGGUCCUGUCAUGAUGAGGCUGUAGAUCAUUCUUCCCACUCGUCUUCCUGUCCGUGGACGAUAUGAGGUCAUGGUAUAUUUUUAUAAUUAUGUGUAUCACAAAGCAGCUCACGUUACAAAAUAACUUGACGUACAUUGACUUGAAUCAGGUAACUUUAGAGCAGUAUUUGUGAAGAGACCAACGUGCUCCAUAUUAAGAAUCAAAUAUAAAUGAAAUGUUGUCUUCAGGUUGUUAGAGUACCAUCAUGUUUUACUUGAUGUCCAACAUUAAUGUAUUUAAACUAAUGUACAUGUGUAAAUGAAGUAGGAACAGUGAAUUAUAGGAAGCACUUCCAUAUGACCUUUUUACAUGUUUAAUUUAAAGGCACAGUUCACCCCCCCCAAUCAGAAAUACAGGUUUUUCCUGCUACCUUUUUGUAAGCGCUAUUUAUCAAUGUAGUUAUCUCGGUGUUGCCGUAGAGAUGUCUGCCUUCUCUCAAAUAUAAUGGCGCUAGAUGUGUCUUUACAGAAAUCAUGCCUCUGUUACUCAAAGAUGAACCACAGAACUACACUACAGUGAGCACAAUCCUCUUGUUCUAGACUAGACGCACGCUUCCUUCUGCGCAGUGAUGCAGUAGAAAGAAAAUAAUACACGGUAAUAAGAAAGAGACUCGGCAACUCUCACCAAAACAAUCUAGAUUGAUAAAUAGCACGACAGGGAAGUGGGAAAAUGUGUCUUUUUGAUUUUUGGGGUGAACUGUCCCUUAAGUUUAAGCUGUAUUUAUCCAGCCGUGUUGCAUUUUUUGCCUCUUGUGUUUUUGCUGAGGAUGUAGCUGUUUUUAGGUUCCAGUUGUCUUAAAUUAUUUUUUUUAUUCCACAUUUCCCCCCUGUAGUAAUAUAUUGAGCUGUAUUGAGCCAAUAGAAAAUCUUAAACGUAUAAUUUGCUUCACAGAUGCCUGCCUUUCUGUUGAACUUUAAAAUGAAAACUAAUUGAAAAAAAGAGAUUUUGUUUUUGAUUUGCGUUCUAUUUAAAAAGAGGAUCUGCAUUAUGGUCUACAAAUGUAUUGUUUUUUCCUACUUCCGUCAGUAUGCAAUCUACAGUACAACCUCUGCUGUCAGUAUCUGUAUUAACUCUCACAAUAGAUGUUCAUAGUCCCAUCCUGUUGCCAUUUAUUUUGCAGUGUGCCUCAUAGUACUUGUGAUAUAUUAAAUGCAUUAACUGACUGCUGUCCUCUGCAGUAUCAACGGAUCCCUGGUGGAGUGCAGCAACAACAUGCGUAUGAAUACAGAAAAUAAACCCAAACGCUAAAUGUAAAUGGGUGUCGCUUUUUGUUAAUGGUCGUAGAAAUGGACUGUAUUGAGAGGACAGAUCGCAGCGGUGCUUUCAGGAGCCAUGUUAUUGAAAGAAACGUCUCCCGUGGUAGCCGACCACUUGACAGCCGUCAAUUUACGAGGCUGCAUAUUAUUAUACAACCGGGUCUGUGCACUGAUGUAAUCAUUCGCUCCUGAUUUGUGUGAUUAAAUAACUAUGAGAUAUUAAAGCACAUGUCAAUCGUACAAACAAAUGUUAUUGUUGUUCACCGACUUUAUUAUUUAUAGAGCCAAAUAUUUGGUUGAUGUUUUUUUUAGGGCUGAACAAUUAGAGAAAAAAAGGUCUACUUGACAUUUUCUGACCAAUAUUGUAAUUAGCAUAUUUUUGUAUAAAUUGACUGUAGGCCUGUAUUUGAGGUCUACAUUGUAUUAGACGAGAUGCAUUUAUACUAAGCAUAAUCACCUGGAAGACUAAAGCUGCCAUUCAAAUAAAUACAUGACUCAAUUGAUAAAAUAAUAAAAGAAAUAAAAGCCUUAAUCAUCAAA